AGAUAUGUUUAUUAUUUUAGUACGCGCGUAAAAUUGUGAAGUUUGUUGAUUUCAGCAGCGAGUGUAGUCAUUAUUUGGACUAAUAGUGAAAGUUGUGACAAUUUAGUGUUUAUUAGCAGGAUUUGUGAUCUCGAUCACAAUGCCGGCUUUUCUGAAAUAUAUAGAUAUGGAAAACUUCAAGUCCUAUCGAGGGCAUCAUGUCAUAGGGCCUCUGAAAUCUUUUACUGCUGUUGUGGGCCCUAAUGGAUCAGGUAAAUCAAAUUUUAUGGAUGCUGUUAGUUUUGUUAUGGGUGAGAAGACUUCACUUCUGCGUGUGAAACGUUUAAGUGACCUAAUUCAUGGAGCUUCUAUUAACAAACCAGUUUCUAGAAGUGCAUCAGUAACAGCCACCUUUAUACUAGAGGAUAUGAGUGAAAAAAAAUUUAUGAGAUCUGUAAUUGGACAAUCUUCAGAUCAUAAGAUUGACGGACAGUCAGUUUCCAUAAGUCAGUACCUGGCCGAGUUAGAAAAACUAGGCAUAAAUGCCAAGGCUAAGAACUUUUUAGUAUUCCAAGGUGCAGUAGAAAGUAUUGCUAUGAAGAAUCCAAAAGAAAGAACAGCACUUUUUGAAGAAAUUAGUGGAUCUGGUGUUCUAAAAGAGCAGUAUGAGUUAUGUCGGUCUGAAGUGAACAGAGCUGAUGAGGAAGCUCAAUUUUCAUACCAAAAGAAGAAGGGAGUGGCUGCUGAAAGAAAGGAAGCCAAAUUUGAAAAAGAAGAGGCUGAAAAAUAUACAAGACUAAAGGAGGAAUUGCAACAACAAAAGAUAGAGCUACAACUAUUCCACCUUUAUCACAAUGAGAAAGAGAUUCAGUCUUGUGAAGAGGACUUACAGUAUAAGCAGACCGAGCUCACCAAGAUCGAGAAGAAGAGACAAAAGGCAGAAGAAGCUCUAAAGGAUAAGAAAAAAGCAUCUGGAACAGCUCAGCGGGAACUGGCUAAGAUCGAACAAGAUAUUAGAGAAGUGGAAGCGGAGAUUUCCAAGAAGCGUCCGACAUUCAUCAAAGCAAAGGAACGCGUGACUCACACGCAGAAGAAGUUGGAGAGCGCCGUCAAGACCCUGGAGCAGGCUCGGAAGGCUCACGAGGCUCAUCAGGCAGACAUAAGUAAGCUGGAGGCUGAACUGCGCGAGAUCGAGGAGCAGAAGGCGGCGUGGGAGCAGACACACGUGGGCUCCAAUCCCUCACGAGCCGACGUGCAUCUCGAGGAAGCACAGAUCCGCGAAUACGAGGAGCUGAAGAUGGAAGCGUCUCGAGCGGCGGCUCGCUACCUCCAGGAGUUGGACUCCGUGAACAGGGAGCAGAAGUCGGAUCAGGACAGACUCGACAACGAGUUGCGUCGCAAAGGAGAGUUCGAGAAUAAGCAUCGUCAAAAGGGCCACGAAAGAAACGAAGCCAUGAAGCGCGUGGAGAAGCUGAACGAACACAUCAAAAGCUCGGAGCAAGCUUUGGAGGAGCAAAGGAGACUUCGGGCUGAGCUUCAGGCAGACGUGGGCUCCUGCCGAGGAAAGGCGGCCGCUCUGCAGUCGGCUCUAGAAGAAGUGGCCUCUCAGCUGGGAGACGCUCGAGUGGACAAACACGAAGAGGCCAGGAGGAAGAAGAAACAGGAGAUCGUCGAGAGUUUCAAGAGGGAGAUACCGGGGGUGUACGACCGCAUGAUCAACAUGUGUCAGCCCACCCACAAGCGCUACAACGUGGCGAUCACCAAGGUGCUGGGGAAAUACAUGGAAGCCAUCGUCGUGGACACGGAGAAGACGGCUCGUCGCUGCAUCCAGGUGCUCAAGGAGCGGAUGCUGGAGCCGGAGACCUUCCUGCCCCUGGACUACAUACAGGCCAAGCCUUUGAGGGAGAGGCUGAGAGAUAUAAAGGAACCGAAAAACGUGAAGCUGCUCUUCGACGUGCUCCGCUUCGAGCCGGCCGCCAUCCACCGAGCCGUCCUGUUCGUCACCAACAAUGCCCUGGUCUGCGAGACCCCCGAGGACGCCUCCAGGGUCGCCUACGACCUGGACAGGAACAAGAAUAGCAGAUACGACGCCUUAGCGUUGGACGGGACUUUCUACCAGAAGUCUGGAAUCAUUUCCGGAGGAUCGCUGGACCUGGCGAGGAAAGCCAAGCGGUGGGACGAGAAACAUCUCUCGCAAUUGAAGGCUAAAAAGGAGAAACUGACGGAAGAGCUGCGAGAGUCCAUGAAGAAGUCCCGCAAAGAGUCGGAGCUGACGACCGUCGACUCGCAGAUCCGGGGCCUCGAGUCCAGACUCAAAUACGCGCAGUCCGACAGGGACACCACGCUUAAGCAAAUAAAAGCGUUGGACGCCGAGUUGGAGGAGUUGGAGAGGAAAAUGGACAUGUUUGGGCCCCAAAUAGAAGAAAUAGAGCGCACGAUCCGAACCCGAGACUCCAAGAUCCAGGAGAUCAAAGAGAACAUGAACAACGUCGAAGACGUCGUGUUCCGCGCCUUCUGCAGGGACAUCGGAGUCGCCAACAUACGGCAAUACGAAGAGAGAGAGUUGCGGGCCCAGCAGGAGAGAGCCAAGAAGAGAAUGGAGUUCGAAGCGCAGAUCGACCGCAUCGCGUCCAACCUCGAGUUCGAGAGAUCCCGGGACACGCAGAAAAACGUGACGCGUUGGGAGCGAACGGUGCAGGACGGCGAAGACGAGCUGGAGGUGAACCGGCAGGCGGAGGCCAAGCAGAGGCAGGACAUCGACCGGGAGCUGAGGAAGGCCGAGACCCUCAAGAGCGACAGGGCGGCGGCGAGGGCCGCGCACGACGCCGUCGAGGAGGCCGUCGCUCAGGCUCGCAAAGACCUGUCCGGCAUCGCCAAGGACAUCGCGAGUGUGCAGAAGCAGAUCGCCAGCAUCGAGGCCCGCAUCGAGAGUCGCCGCUCCGACAGGCACAACAUCCUCAGGCAGUGCAAGAUGGACGACAUAAUAGUUCCCCUCCUCGAAGGCAGCUUGGACGACACGGCCGAAGGUGAAUCCGAGCCUUCCUCCAUGUCCACCACGCAGGCCUACGUCAGGGAUUCCAGGAUCCGCGUGGACUACAGCAGCCUGCCGGAGGCGCUGCGAGAGCUGGAGGAGAGCGACGAGAUCAAGCGAAAGGCCGACAAGCUGCAAAAGGCCAUCAACAACUUGCAGAACACGGUGGACAAGAUCCAGGCCCCCAACAUGAGGGCAAUGCAAAAGCUGAACGAGGUGCGCGAGAAAGUGAACGCCACGAACGAGGCGUUCGUCGCGGCCAGGAAACGCGCGCACAAGGCCAAGCUGGCCUUUGAGAAGGUGAAGAAAGAGCGUCACGACAAGUUCAUGACCUGCUUCGAACACGUCGCGAACGAAAUCGACGCCAUUUAUAAGUCGCUGGCCAUGAACCAGUCCGCGCAGGCCUUCCUCGGCCCCGAAAACCCCGAGGAGCCCUACCUGGACGGCAUCAACUACAACUGCGUGGCUCCCGGGAAACGAUUCCAGCCCAUGUCCAACUUGUCCGGAGGAGAGAAAACUGUCGCCGCGCUCGCCUUGCUCUUCGCCAUACACAGUUACCAACCGGCCCCUUUCUUCCUGCUGGACGAGAUCGACGCGGCCUUGGACAACACCAACAUCGGCAAAGUGGCCGCCUUCAUCCGAAGCAAAAAGGGCUCUCUGCAGACCAUCGUCAUCUCUCUCAAAGAGGAGUUCUACGGAUGCGCCGACGCCCUCGUCGGCAUUUGCUCCGAGCCGGCGGACUGUUUAGUGAGUGACGUCAUCACGCUCAGCCUGGAGUCUCACCCGGAUUAAGAUCUCGAAGAACGGCGGAACUCAGUUUUUUUAUAAUUUUGUAUACACAUAAGUCUGAAUAUUCCACAAUAAAUGUUUAUUAUAAUUUCA